UAUUUCCAAAAUUUUGGAGGUAUGGGAUUCCCUCACACUGCCCCAACUGCCCUAAUACAAGUACCUAGGGACUGCUCCCACCAUAAAACUCACAGCACACAACACACACUCACAACAACAUGCCACCCCUAAAAUAUUGAGAACACACAUUUUUUAAACAACUUGCUCAGUGGCAUUAUGUUACUGUGAAAGUUGCACUCCUACAGUUUGACGAGACCACGAUACUGCUCUCCAUGGCCUCCCGCUUCUGGUUUCAACAUAUUCUACGUAACAAUGACGUUCCCGGAGGACAAAUCGCCAAUAUGAACUAGAGCAAUCCUACGUCUACUUUAGUACGGCCCUUACAGUUUGCAAAACACACUAUGACGCCGUUACAAUUCUUACUUCCUACCAAUGAACUACAAAUCCCAAAAAUACUUAGUGGUAUGGCUGCGGCUUUGUGCCGCCUCUCCUGUUUGACCUUUUUAUGUCCCAGCGGAGUGACAUCACUUGCUGGAUUCUCCUGUUUCCUAUGCUGUGAGCCAAUCAGGGCUGGAGGGUGCGGCUUAGCGCAGUGCUUGGGUAGGAGCUUAGUGCAGACUCUUUCCUGUGCUGUACCCUUCAGUGGAGGCCUGGGUUCUGUUGGGGAGAUCGCAAUGUCCCUGUUGUUUUCCCGUCCAGCAAUAAAAAUCAACACAAAGAAAGACAAAAGAUUCAUGGCCGAAGUUACUGCUUCCCCUCUCAAGCACUUUGUUACUGCCAAGAAGAAAAUCAAUGGUAUUUUUGACCAGCUUGGUGCCUACACCCAAGAGAGCUACAACUUUCUUGAAGAAACAUACAAGAAUGCAGAGUUGGAUCCAGUUGCCUCAGAAGAGCAGGUGCUUGAAGUUAAGUGCUAUCUGACCAAUGUUGCUGGCAUCAGUGAAGUUUUAGCCCGAAGGCACAUGAAAGUGGCUUUUUUUGGCAGGACUAGCAAUGGAAAAAGUAGUGUGAUUAAUGCAAUGCUAUGGGACAAAGUCCUUCCUUCUGGCAUCGGGCACACUACCAACUGCUUUCUGCGAGUAGAAGGGGCAGAUGGCAACGAAGCUUAUCUACUUACUGAUGGCUCAGAGGAGAAAAGGAGUGUAAAGACUGUAAACCAGCUUGCCCAUGCUCUGCAUCAGGAUGACCUACUGGAUUCUGGCUCUUUGGUCAGUGUUAUGUGGCCUAAUUCUAAAUGUCCUCUUUUAAAGGAUGACCUUGUGUUGAUGGACAGCCCUGGCAUUGAUGUAACCACAGAGUUGGAUAGCUGGAUAGAUAAGUUCUGCCUCGAUGCUGACGUGUUUGUGUUGGUUGCAAACUCAGAGUCUACUUUAAUGCAAACAGAAAAGCAGUUUUUCCAUAAGGUUAAUGAGCGACUAUCUCGACCAAAUAUCUUCAUCCUGAACAAUAGAUGGGAUGCUUCUGCCUCAGAGCCAGAUUAUAUGGAAGAGGUACGUCGCCAGCACAUGGAACGUUGCACCAGUUUUUUAGUGGAUGAACUGGGAGUGCUUGACAGAACCCAAGCUGGAGAUCGUAUAUUUUUUGUGUCAGCCAAAGAAGUUUUGAAUGCCAGAAUACAGAGAGCUCAGGGAAUGCCUGAAGGAGGUGGAGCUUUGGCUGAGGGCUUUCAAGCAAGAAUGUUUGAAUUCCAGAAUUUUGAGAGACGAUUUGAGGAGUGCAUUUCACAGUCUGCUGUUAAGACCAAAUUUGAGCAGCAUACAAAGAGAGCCAAGCAUAUUGCUGAAGUUUUGCGACAAAUAAUGGAGUCUGUCCAUGUUGCUGCUCAAGAGCAAAGAUGCUUGUGUUUGGAAAAACGUGAGGAGUUCAGGGAUCGUUUGGAAUUUAUUGAGAAACAAUUGGAGCUUCUGACAGAGGAUUACAAAUAUAAAAUCAAACUGAUCACUGAUGAGGUGGAAAGACAGGUUUCCAAUGCAAUGGCUGAAGAGAUUCGGCGACUUUCUGUAUUGGUAGAUGAGUUUCAGUUGGAUUUUCACCCUUCUCCAGUGGUCCUCAAAGCCUACAGAAAUGAACUUCAUAGGCACAUUGAAGAAGGUCUUGGAAGGAACUUGUCAGAUCGUUGCUCCAGUGUGAUUUCUGUUUCACUGCAAACCACUCAGCAGGAGAUGAUAGAAGGAAUGAUGCCUCUCCUGCCACCUACUGCAAGAACCCAAACAGAUUCAUUGGUUCCUCGACAAUGCUUUAAUCUCAGCUAUGACUUGAGCUGUGAUAAAUUAUGUGCAGAUUUUCAGGAAGAUGUGGAAUUUCACUUUUCUCUGGGCUGGACAAUGCUAGUGAACAGAUUCUUAGGGCCCAAAAAUGGACGACGAGCUUUGAUGGCCUACAAUGAUCAGGUACCUCGUGUAAUGCCUUUAACCCCAGUAAACCCCAGCAUGCCACCAAUGCCACAAGGCUCGAUGACUCAAGAAGAACUUAUGGUUUCCAUGGUAACUGGACUGGCUUCUUUAACGUCUCGUACUUCCAUGGGAAUACUUGUGGUAGGAGGAGUAGUUUGGAAAGCAGUGGGGUGGAGACUCAUUGCUCUCUCAUUUGGCCUCUAUGGACUACUUUAUGUAUAUGAGCGCCUUACUUGGACAAAUAAAGCAAAAGAAAGGGCCUUCAAACGACAGUUUGUGGACUAUGCUGCAGAGAAACUGCAGCUAAUUGUCAGCUACACUGGUUCCAAUUGCAGCCACCAAGUUCAACAAGAGCUCUCCAGUACAUUUGCUCACUUGUGCCAGCAAGUAGAUGUAACAAGGGAAAAUCUGGAACUAGAUAUUAAUGUUCUGAAUAAAAAGAUUGAAAUCCUGGACAGUCUACAGAGUAAAGCAAAACUCCUAAGGAAUAAAGCCGGCUGGCUGGACAGUGAGCUUAAUAUGUUUACACACCAGUACCUACAACAGAGUUGAUAUUGUAAUUACAACACCACAGAAGACAAAAAAAUCCUUUUCACAUACCCUGUAAAGACUGCAGUGUAAAGUAUUUUUUUCUGUAUUUGAUAUUGGAUGUUUCCCAACUACAGUUAAUUUCACAUGGGCUUUAAGGAAAAAUAUGUUUUAAGAUCAUUGCCAUUUCUUAACUCUUUCCUGGUUCGUGUAUUUUUCUGCUGUAUGUUUCCAAAAGCUGCAGUGUGUUAAGGUGGAGAUGAGUCCAAGAAGGCAUGUGGGUUAUCAUUUUGUUCCUCUGCAUCUGCCAUAUAAACGCUAAUCAUUUGCAACAGAGUAUUUCAAAGCAAGUACAGAAUUAAACCUGUGCAAUAU